AUGUCACCAACAAACUACACACUCACACCUGGUGAAUCAUCAGGUACAUCAUCACCUUAUACUCCACCGAACGAUCCAUCAAAAGCGGGUCCAAGUCAGAAUCACCAUCAUCCUUAUCUUCCAUUCGGAUACUCCCCAUUACAACAACAACAACAACAACAUCAACAUACACGUCAAGAUAGUCAAGAAUACGCUUCUUCUUCAGCUGAUAAGUCACAGCGAUCAAGAGAUGGUUGUCUGACUUGUAGAACAAGAAAAGUUAAAUGUAAUGAAGUUAGACCAAUCUGCGAUAAAUGUAGAAUUAAAGCUAGGGAGUGCUUGUGGCCUUCGGGAGAUGAAAGUGAAAGAAGACGGAACAAGAAACGUCGCAUGACUUCAAUCGAGAAAGAUCAAGACCAAAAACCAAAUCCAAAUCAAAGUCAAAAUCAAAGACGUUCAUCUUCAAAUAGUAAAUUGUCAAUGGUAGACAUCAAACCUCAACUUUCCUCGCUUCAACCACGUAGUAUCCUCAACCCCCCGGAAAUCAUUACCCCAUCAAAUAUCGUGGCCAAUGGUCCGAACAUACCCAUCACAACACUUCGACAUCCGCCCUCCUCUUCCUCGUCAUUGUCUCAUAUGAGAACCAGUAAGAUACCUACAAGGAGGAUGAGAGGUACAAUACAUGUUCCACCUGGAUUCUUACCUGCACACGCACCGAACGGUAGAAGUAAAGAAAAGAAUGAUGAAGUAAAAGGCGAUCUGGUAGAUUGGUUAGUACCGGAAAAAGUCAGAGCGACAAUGAUGAUGGAUCCAUCAUUUCUGGAACCAUACUUUCCAACAGUUGACGAGCGUCUCGUGAUUCGACACUAUCUGUCUAAAACAGUACACAUCAUCAUUGCUUUCGAAUCGGAUCAUCAUCCUUGGAAUCCGUGGGUUAGAGUUCAUGCUCCUCUAGCAUUUAAGCACCUGCCAGGAUCCAACCCCGCCGCGGACGCUCUACGAGCAGCCAUCCUAGCAGUUGGCGGAGUACAUCUUACCUAUUCGUCAGAUCCAGCAGAUCAAGCUGCAGCAUGGCGAAUAACUAAAUCCGCCAAGAACAGGGUACUGAAUCUCGUCCAGCAAACAUUACAAGACAGCGACGGGAAACCUAAAGUGCUAGAUAAAGAGAACACCGAAUUGGUCCUCGCUGCUUUGCUGAGCUGCACCAUUGCAAGUUCGCUUGCAGCGGAUGAUUCAUGGCAUGAUCUCUUAUCAUCCGUUCUAUCACUGAUCGACCAACUCGGCGGAGCUCAGAACAUCCUUCGCGAUGCUCCAAGAGAUAAACUUUCACCAUACAGAUUCUUCAUGGAACAACUAGCAAUCAGGGAUGUCUUUGGAUGUAUGACAACAGAAUUAGCACCUAGUAUUUUGCAAGAUGCUUUCACACCUUGGUUCUUCGAAGCUGAAAGUUGGUCAAGGAGUGAUCUGGAGUGGGAAAGUGUGGAAAGAAUGUUCGGUAUCUCAAGAGGAAUGGUGGAUAUGAUAGCUAGAGCUUGUAACCUGAUUGCUUCAGUACGAGCGAUCAACCGACAUCUCCCCGAAGAUCCAAAAGCAUAUCUUGAUCCUCCUCUCGUACCACUGAAUAACACCGCGCAGACAAUAAUGGCCGAAUUGAGGAUAUGGGAUGACACCGAGAAUUUCACUCCAUUACAUCCUCGAACGCAGUACGGCAAUCAUUCAUAUAGACAUGCGAUCAGAAUUAGGAUGUUAAGAAAGGUCUACAGUGUUCCGAGUGAAGAUGAAAGAGUCGUCAAGUCUAGUCAAGCGAUUAUUGAAUUGGCAGGGGAGAUGUUAGCUCUUUAUGGAAAGAUAACAUGGCUUACUUGGCCAAUCCUCAUUGCUGGAUUUGAGAUCCCCCCUUCACAUCCAUCAAGGAUAACAGCACUAGAAAUGCUGGGAGCGUUUGGCCCUUACGCAUGUUUCGAUAAUCGUGCUGCUGCACGAAUGUUGUCUGAUUAUUGGAUGUGGCAUGAUAUCAAUGGUGAUCAUGCUUCGAGUUGGGAAGUAGCCAGAACGUUGAAUCAACGACCUUUCUUAGAUUAG